CCGCCUGCAUCCCCCCCCCAUCAUCUCCUCCACUAACGACACUCGCCCUCAGCCGCACACCUGCUUCGGCUAGUCUCCCGCUGCAAAAGCAAAAACGGUGAAUAUUCCCUUGGUGGGCGCUCGUCACGUUACCGAAACGGCCCACAUACUCAAUCACUGAUCGCGGAUUGACUGUUCGUUCGCUCAACCCUGUCCUCAAUUGCCCAACACGGACUUCACGAGGCCCUCGACCACCCUCCUGCCUACUCUUCUCGUCUUGAGCCCUCCGCACUCGCGAUAGCAACAGUGUUUUGGACCUCGAGAUGUCGCAAAAUCGGCCGGCUGCCUUCUCGAGUCUGAGGAUGGGAGAAGUUAUUCGCGAGAAGGUCCAAGAUGGUGUUACUGGAGAGACCCGGGAUAUGCAAUACACACAAUGUAAGAUCGUGGGGAACGGCUCGUUCGGUGUCGUCUUUCAGACCAAGCUCUCACCUUCGGGCGAGGAUGCGGCCAUCAAGCGCGUGUUGCAGGACAAGAGAUUCAAGAAUCGCGAGUUACAGAUCAUGCGCAUUGUUCGGCAUCCGAAUAUCGUGGAGCUGAAGGCCUUCUACUACUCGAAUGGCGAGAGAAAGGAUGAGGUCUACCUCAAUCUGGUACAAGAAUACGUGCCCGAGACUGUCUACCGUGCAUCGAGAUACUUCAAUAAGAUGAAGACGACCAUGCCUAUCCUCGAAGUCAAACUUUACAUCUAUCAACUCUUCCGCGCUCUCGCGUACAUCCACUCCCAAGGCAUCUGCCACCGCGAUAUCAAGCCACAAAAUUUGCUCUUGGAUCCAAGCACGGGUGUCUUGAAGCUCUGUGAUUUCGGAAGCGCCAAGAUCCUCGUAGAAAACGAGCCUAACGUCUCAUAUAUCUGCUCCCGCUACUACAGAGCCCCAGAAUUAAUUUUCGGCGCCACCAAUUACACAACGAAGAUCGAUGUAUGGUCGACGGGCUGUGUCAUGGCAGAGCUGAUGCUUGGUCAACCUCUGUUUCCCGGGGAAUCUGGAAUUGAUCAGCUGGUGGAAAUUAUUAAAGUUCUGGGCACUCCAACUCGGGAUCAGAUCCGCACCAUGAACCCCAACUACAUGGAGCAUAAAUUCCCUCAAAUCAAGCCUCACCCGUUCAACAAGGUAUUCCGCAAGGCUGAUCAGAACGCCAUCGAUCUGAUUUCAUGCCUCCUUGAAUACACACCUACCGAGCGACUCUCAGCCAUUGAUGCUAUGGUCCAACCAUUCUUCGAUGAGCUGCGAGAUCCAGAUACCCGAUUCCCCGAUUCUCGUCAUCCAGGUGGCCCAGUCAAGGACUUACCUACACUUUUCGAUUUCUCCCGUCAUGAACUCUCCAUAGCCCCCCACCUGAACCACCGGCUGGUCCCGCCGCAUGUGCGUCCUAGUUUGGCUGCUCGAGGCCUCGACAUAGACAACUUUACACCAAUGGCCAAAGAAGAAAUGAUGGCGCGAUUAGACUGAAGUUGCUCUUGCGUGGAUGAUUGAUGAAUAAAAUGCUUUCCUGUAGCUCGGUGGUCGGCUCUGCUAAAGUCGAGUCCUGAGCGUCUCCACACCGGCUACCACCUCAU